UGCGCGGACGGGAAGGCCGACCGGGAGAUCACGAGCCGCAGCUGCCGAGCGUGGAAGUGCUACCGCCGGAACAGUGCUUCGAUUUACGACAGGCGACGGGCCAACCGCCAGCUCAAGAUCCGGCUUCUCCAGGCUGAAGUGGUGGAGACUCUCCUGUAUGGGUGCGCCUCGUGGAGCCUAACAGCGGAGCACUACACGAAGCUCAAUGGGACCCACCGCCAGUUCCUUACACGGUGCAUCGGCUGGAGCAAGCGGAAACGCUCAGACCGCCCCCUGUCCUAUGCCCAGGCCCUCAUCCAGGCAGGCUGCGAGGAAACCAUCGAGGCCACCGUGCGCAAACGAGACUGUGUUUCACGGGCUUUGCUAUGCGCAUGGAGGACAACCGCCUCCCUACGCGCAUGCUGUCAGGAGCGAUGGCAGGGGACGUGGGAUACCGGGGCGGGCAGGAGAGCGACUGGGUGUCUCGUCUAGGAGAGGACCUCGUGGCCUUCAACAUGGGAGACGAAAAGGAAGGGGGGAAAUGGAAAGAGAGCGCCAAGGACCCGGAGGUGUGGUACAACAAGGUCGAGGACGUGGCGACAUGGUUCAUGAGGAAAUGGCACAGGCAGGAGGCGGAAACGUCCGCGAAGCGCCAGCGCGCGAGGGAAGCAGAAGCAGAGAGUACGGCCAUCUCAGGACCGAAGCGAAAGAGAGUCGGGGAAGCGGCGGUGGGGGGGAAGAAACGGCGACCGGGCACUGCUGUAGAAGCGAGUAGGGCGGCCGAGGCAGCACUUGUGGCGAACUAUGUACCCGGCUGA